GAAAUUAAUCCCAAUUUUAAAAUGGGUACUUCGUCUCAUCAGAGUACUGGGAGCCUACCAAGAAAAGAAAAACGUUAUUAGCUACUUCACUAUGAUAUCUAUCAUUUUGGUUUCUUUAUUAAUGAUGUAUGACCUGACGGUAAAUUGGACAGGUAUUGAAUCGCUUCGAAAAAUUACAUUCCUGCCAGGUUUCUUCGUUACAGGUGUUAAAGCAAUUGUUUUGAUUCAUAAUUCUCCGCAAUUGAUUAAAAUUGUAAACAGUUUGAAACAUUUUUGGCCACCUGAUAAUUUUGAUAUUGAAGUAGCCAAGAAAUAUCACUGGGUAUUUAAAAUGAUAACAUUUCUCUGUAUAAAUUACGCUUCGUUUGGUUAUGUGAUUUGUGCUGGAAUGUUUGCUAGUACUAUCAUGGAUUAUCAUAACCGAACACUUAUAUACAGCGACUUCGUCUUCUGUAACUUGCAAAGUUUAUCUUGUUAUAUUCCGAUGUUGAUUUGGCAGUGUAUUGCAAUGUAUCUACAAAUUGUACCAGCAGCGCUUGGAUUUGAUGCCAUAUUCAUUAUUUUUAUUGGAUACAUACUCUGCGCUUGCGAUUUAAUUAAAGCGGGAAUGGAAAGUUUGAAUACUAAUGAUGUUCUCCGUAGAAAAUACAUAUUGAAGAAAAUUGCACAGCAACACGAUUUUAUACUUGAUUUUAUCAACAAUCUUAAUGAUAUGUUUAGUGCAGUAAUGCUUCUUCAAUUUUGGUGUUCAUUGUGGUCUAUGAUUCUUUUUCUGAAUAUGCUAGCAGCUAGCGGGUGGCCGCCAAACAUGGGAGAUGUUGCAUUACUUGGAUCACUUUAUGUUAUUAUUGUUUUUCAAAUAUUUCUGUAUGCAUAUAGUGGCGCACUUUUAGAAGAAAGAGUGAAAAGUUUAUCAACAGAUAUGUAUAUGGUAAACUGGUAUGACAAAGACCGAACAAAGUUGCGGCAAGACUUAGCUUUUAUGAUUUUAAGAGCUAACAAAACCAAAAUAUUACAUGCUGGAAAAAUGUCAAACUUAAAUUUAGAUCUAUUUAUAGUGACUGUGAAAAAUUCCCUCUCAGUAUUUACCUUGAUUUGGCAAUUAUCCGAACAGUGAACAAUUUGAUAAUCUAUAAUAUUAAAAUUAAUUGCAUAAUCUGUUGGUAAGCGCAUAACUCAACAACGCCCAGACCAAUUUGGCCAAAUCUUUUUUUUUUAAUGUUCAUUAAAGUCCAAUGAUCGUUUAUAUGGCAAGAAAAAUUCAAAUAAUUGCCGGAAAAACCUUAAAGACCACCAUUUUCUAGAGGAUAAAAGUUGGCAUUGAGAUUCAAUCAUAGUUAUAGUUAAAUAGUUGAAUCCGGGAUGGCGCGCUGCAGUGUAUUAUUAGCAAUUCUUUAUGUAAUUAAUUUCUUUAAAAUAAAAUUGCAAAUCUUAUUGAUAGAAUUGACACAUACUAUGUCUAGAACAAGAGAAUAAAAACGAAUUACAUUAUUAUUAAACACUACCUAGACGAAGUC